ACUAGAUAUAAAGCUAUUGCAUUCUAUUAGAUUGAGAAUUAAGCACCAAUUACUUUAGAAGCUAAAGUUACACAUCCAAGAAUGGAAUAAUUAUUAUUCUAAGUUGGUGGUAAAGAUCCAUAAAAUAGAUAUUAUUCAUUUAAUGGUUAAUUCCAUAGACCUGUUUUAAGAUUAGGAUCAGGAUCAUUCUUUGAUACAUUAGAAGAAUACAAUCCUUUCUGUUUAAGUUGUAAUCCUCAACCUCAAAAAGAUUGUUCAAGUAAAGGUUUGAUUAGAGCAGUCUCAGCCAAAGCUUCAUAAUUUAAUGGUAAUCCAGUUAAUUCAGGUGAUAGAUUUGGAACUACUGAAUAAUAUUCUGUUUAAGGAUGGUUUAAAUGGAAUGGUAAGACAUCAGAAAAAGAUUAAUUAUUAUUCAGAUUAACAUCUACUCUAGUUGGUGAAGAUACACUCAAUUAUGAUACUCUUAGUUGUUACUUUGAUACCAGAGAUUAAACUCUUAAUUUCUAUACUUAUACAUACACUGAUUAAUUAGGGUAUUUUUAUAAUAUUUAAUUAUAGAUCUGGUAACCCAGAAGUUAGAUAAAUUGUUGAAGGAAAGACUUUUGUCAAAGAUUGGUUCCAUAUUUAUUUUGCUUAUUCUAGAAAGAGUAGAUAAGCAGAUGUUAUUGUUGAACAUUCAUAAGGAAAAGGAGCUUUAUCUUUCAAGAAUGUCAAUCAUUAUGUUGCUCCUUCUCUCAUUCUUUACUAUGGAAAAGAUUAAUUAACUGAUGCUUUCUAAGGAUUUAUCCAAGGAUUAAAUCUUUUCGCUUGUGAUAUUACUUAUUAACCAACACCCAAACCAGUAGAAGAUUGCACUCCUAUGAAAGAGUAUUAAUCUCUCCUUAUUUAUUAGUCCAAUCUGUUUAGCUGGUGAUUAAUAUGAAAAUGUUUCUUUAACUAAUAUUGAUAAUGUUGUUGAAGAAUUAGAGAAAAGAAAGUAAUUGAUGUAAGAUAAAUAAUUUGUUUUGCCAACUACAUAAUGUUUCUGUUUCCCAUAAUAAGGAAAGAAGACUAUUCCUUAAAGAUAAGAAGGUUUCCUUGAAAUUUAUGAUGAUGAUGAAGAACCAUAACAAUAAGAUCCUGUUGAAAUAUGAGUUUGUCAUUAAAAUCAUAACAUUAUAA